AAAAAAAAAAAAAAAAAAAGGGAAAAGACAAAGACAAACCUCAGACACACACACACCUCGGGAGGCAGAUCUGAGCCGAGCACUGCGUAAAGACGAGCUCCAACGAAUGGACUUACAUUCCUCUAAAAACAUGAAGAGACCAGGAGCCUUCAAAUGCAGCAUAAAGCUGUUCGUGCUGUGCCACGGCUUCCUGCAGUUCUCCCAGCUGCUGUACACCACUUACUUCAAGAGCAUCAUCACCACAAUCGAGCGACGCUAUGGCCUCAGCAGCUACUCCUCAGGAACCAUUUCCUCUCUCAACGAGGUCAGUAACAGCCUGCUGAUAGUGUUCGUGAGCUACUUUGGAAAUCGGGUUCAUCGCCCUCGCAUCAUUGGAAUGGGUGGACUACUGAUGGCUGUCAGUGCCACGAUCCUGACCUUACCUCACUUCAUAUCCCAGCGCUAUGAAUACUCCGAUUUGCACAAUCGCCAUGACAUUUGCAACCUCACGGCCAAUCACGGGAACACGAGCGAAACGGACUGCGGCCGAGACGACACCAGGCGUCUGACGGACACUAACAACCUGUGGGUGCUCAUGGCCAUCGCUCAGCUGCUCUUCGGUGUGGGCUCGGUGCCCAUCCAGCCGUUUGGGAUUUCCUACAUUGAUGAUUUUGCUGGACCUGGGAACUCCCCUCUUUAUAUAGCCAUCCUGUUUGCUGUAUCUGUAUUCGGGCCUGCUGUUGGCUACCUGCUGGGAGCCGUCGUGCUGCGAAUCUAUGUGGACGUGGACAAAAUUGGUUUAGGAGGUGAACUGGAGCUGAGACAAGGUGAUCCUCGCUGGGUCGGCGCUUGGUGGAUAGGCCUGCUCAUCACCACCGGCUGCCUCGUCCUCACCUCCAUCCCUUACUUCUUCUUCCCUCGCAAAAUGUCCUCAGAAGAUAAUGUAAUUGUAAGUGAGAAUGACAUGGAGGACGACUUCAAGAAGCCAGAUGUCUCUUUACUUGACUUCCUGAAAAUGUUUCCCAGGAUGUUUGUCCACCUCCUGCUGAGCCCUCUCUUCCUGAUGCUGGUCCUGGCCCAGUGCUGCUUCUCCUCAGUGAUCGCAGGUCUUACCACGUUCAUGAACAAGUUUCUGGAGCGACAGUACAGCGCUUCUCCCGCCUACAGCAGCCUGCUAGUGGGUGCUGUGAAUCUACCGGCAGUAGCGGUGGGGAUGCUGAUCGGUGGAAUCAUCAUGAAAAAGGCAGGCCUGUCUCUGAAGACCAUCCCACGCUUCUCUGUGGUCAUGCUGACCAUCUCCACCCUCCUCUGUGUCCCCCUCUUCUUCAUGGGCUGCCCCACACAGAAAGUCUCCGAGGUCAACCAUUACCAGAUCGUAGAGUAUGGGUCUAUACCAUUGUGCUACUCCAACUGCUCCUGCUCUGCCAAUGCCUUCAACCCCGUCUGUGGCUCAGACGGUGUCGAGUAUAUUUCUCCUUGCCAUGCGGGCUGCACCAACUUCACCAAAGACCCCAACAACAUGCACAGAUUUCAGUUAUAUACCAACUGUAAGUGCAUAUCAGGGAGCCAGAGUCAUGCCACUCCAGGUUCCUGUCCAAACAGCUGCCCACAUUUUCUUCUCCCCGUCAUACUUGUCAUCUCUCUGGCGUCACUGAUCGCCUGCCUCACUCACAACCCCAUGUACAUGAUGGUGCUCAGAUCUGUUCCCUCUGAAGAGAAGUCAUUCGCUAUAGGAAUUCAAUUUUUAAUGAUGAGAUUAUUAGCCUGGCUACCCGCCCCCGCUCUCUUCGGGAAAGCCAUCGAUACGUCAUGCAUCUGGUGGAGGCUGGUGUGCGGGAGGAAGUUUAGCUGUGGUUACUAUGACAACAACAUCUUGAGGAACAGGUACUUGGGCUUACAGGUUGGUUAUAAGAUCAUGGGCAUCGUCCUACUGAUGAUGCUGGGGUGGAAGGUGAAGCGGACCCAGGAGUACAGCCUGGAGAAGAGGCCUGAAGGGCUGCUGUGAUCCUGCUGAGUUGAUCCAGAGCAUCUGUUUCCUAAAGCUCUGCUGUGGCGUUAAACAUUUUUGAAGAACAGUGUGCUGAGCGAAGCUGCGUCAGUUGGAGAGAGCCACAGGCAGGACAAGGCCUACACUGACCUCAAUUUCUGUAGGCACACCAUCCCCUACCUGGUGCUUCACUGGCUGGAGUUAUAAAUUUUCCAAAAGGGAAAAUUUCUGAUGUUUCUGAAUACUUAAAAGCUUUUGUUUGGAAUUACUCUGACAAUAUGAUCCACUCGUGAUAAAUUAAGAGAAGACGCCUCUCUUGUGUGGUACUUCAUAACACGUUCCAUGCAGCUGAGACAGUGACGAGAGUUUCAAACAACAGAUUAAAUAUCUUUGUGUUUUACUUGCUCCUAUUAGGUAGGAAUCCUAUUCAGGUUUCUAUUUCCACUGGGAACAUAUUCUGUAACUAAUUAACUGUAUUAGCUUAAUAUUUAAGUUUAUUUUUUUAUAGAUAUUCGUCUCGUACACAGAGACAUCUGUGAUAACUGCAGUACUCAUUUCAUAUACGAUCACAUAUAACACUUGAUUUAAUUGCAAUGCUAAUGAAUUUUCAGAUAUCAAGUACAUAAAUUCAAUUAACCACACAUGGCAUGCUGGCAUUUCAUUACAGUGGAGUGCAUAAAUGUGUAAGCAUUAAUAACUAAUAAAAAAAAAUACAACAUUUCAA